AUGAGCGCACAUGUGCAUCCUGGAGUUAAGGAUAUUGACCGAACAAUGCGUGACGAGUCAAUGGUCGAAUCAGGGGAGGAGUCGGAUGUAAUGGAUAAUGUUGUAUUCAACCGCCCAACGACAAGGAGAAUGUCCAGAGGUAAAGACACGGUGUCAACAUCCACUACCUCUUCUUCUGCAUCUCCCGCGCGGAGACGUUCGUUGCGAAAGAGUAUCGGCAAUGUGACUUCGUUCCCUCAGCGCCGAUCUUCUCGUAGGAUAUCCCAUACAACGUCAACACCAUCCUCGUCGCCAUCCCAGCCAUUACUUGAGUCUCCGCCUGAAUCUCAAUCAGAGCCAUACAUGACCAUCAGUGAGCCGACUGGUAUGUCACAAGAACUCGCCCGAGUAUGCGUGGCAAGUCAAGACAAGCCCAACACGGGAAAUCUCGACUUGAGGCCUGAAGGCUCUGUGUCACUGUCUGGAUCCAUUCCUGCAUCCCAACUCCCACCGGCCGAGUUUACUAUCGCUUCAUCGCGUGUAGAAACGGACGGGAGUGAACAGGGGCGAUUGAAUGCCGAAUCAACGGACAUCCGAGGCUCUAAGUCUGCUUCGGUAUUCGUCUUUGAUAUCAAUUCGAGGAGCCCAUCCCAAUCUCAACUGGCUCGGGAACCCAAAUCAAGUACCUCUAUUCGCACACCCCUUGCGUUGCCAGUGUUUAGUGUGUCUUGUUCAUCUAUACCUGAAUGCAUGACCCUCGGAGAACACGCGACUACAACUCGGGUUUCCACGGCUGUGUCUGAUGAUACUAGCGAUCUGAGCGUCCCCUUAUCGGCGCCUCCGUCUGUUUUGGACGACACUUUUGAUUCAGCUAGCUCCUCGAGUGUCACUUUUGAUUUAUCUAUACCCGCGUCAUCAAGUAGCGCUGUUUUAACUGCUCCCCCACGCGUAAAAAAUACCCCACGACGUUCAGCUCGUUUAUCUGGAAUUUUGGCUGCUUCCACUGUAUCUUCAACUUCGUCUACUUGGGAUUUAAACUCGACCUCUUAUGCUGUGAAAACUAGAGCCGAUUCUAAACUUAUUUCGUCUAUUGUACCUUCAACUACAUCCAUUCAUGGCACGAGGCAACCAAAGACCAUGGUUAAAUCUCAGGCCCAAGCGCCAUUGCCUAAUGAGUCGAUGGAUUGUGGCCCAACUGGUUUGAGCCAUGAUAUCCAGUCAACGACUUCGUUCCCUGAUUCCACAAUCGUUACCACUAAGGGAAAGGGCAAAGAGAAAGAGAAGAGGUCUUCCUCGCCUCUUUCAUCCACCACUUUACCAUUACCAUUACCUUUACCACUACCUUUACCAGCCAAGAACAAGAGCAAAAGCGAACUGCACUCGCUCUCCCCCGAUUCUGAAGCAGCGUUGACAAGUUUGCACCAGUCUCUCGCGCCGUCUACUCGCCCUACUCUUAGACAACUGGCUAAAAGUUCCGAUAGACCGGUUGUGUUGCCCAGUGCGAUGAAGCGGAGGAACGAUGAACUUGAACCAAACAGCCCAAGUAAACGGGCACGGUUCGAUCCUGAUCCUCCACCUAUACCUCCUUCAAUACACUCGCCACCUAGGGAAUCUUCUCGGCCUAUUCAAUCUACUCAAUUAUCCCAGCCUUCUCAAAUUUCCCAACCUUCCCAAUCCUCACAGUCUUCUCGUUCUCUUCCAGGUCGAAUCCGUGUGCACCCACCGAAUUCCUCAUUUGCUAAACCUCCAAAUGGCAACUCGUUCCUAGGGUCCUAUCCACCUAUCAUUGUCCGGGGUCAGAGCUCUCCUUCGCGCCAGCAAUUACUCCUUCAACGACCUGCCGGACCGCCUAUGCGUGUCCCGGUAGGCCAGCAACAACAGCAACAGCAACAACAACAACAACAACAACAACAACAUCGCCCAUUAAUGCCUUCUCGGGUACUUUCGCCUGUCCGGACAGGGUCCAAUAAUGUGACGAAGGCUGGAAGUCCGUGCAAACCUCAACACCAUGACGCUCGUAAUGGAAUUCGAGGAACACAUGUUGCCUCCAAGAAGUCACAGAUUAAGCCUCCAGAGGUUCUAAUUGCUCCUCCUUCGGAUAGGAGUUCAUCACCGGUCCGUACGGGCCGAACGGUGUCUCGUUUACCUGUUCCUGCUGGACGCAUAACGAAGGAGAAGGCCCAGCCAGAAGUUGAUGUCGUACGCGAAAGUGAGUCACCGCCCGCCGGCACUGGUGCCGCGGGGUCCUUCAUGCCUGCAGCCGACGGUGGCUCAGGUUCGAUAAACUCGAUGUCGGCAACACUAGACGUUCCGAGCUUACUACCACGCGAACGUACGCCACCGACGCCACUCGAGACACCCGCAUCACCAGGCUCAUCAACCUCAACGCUUAUUAUGGAUGUACCGUUAUUUUAUCAGCCCCCUGAACCACGGCAUACCCCGAUCCAGCCCAAAACUGCCGAAGAGAUUAUUGCAGAAGGCACCGCACGGGAAGCGCAACGAAAGCGGGAACAAGGCAAGGCGAAAGCGGCAGCUGUAGGUGCUGCAGCAAUGAGAUGCCUCCCGUUGACCCGGGCUCCUAAACGGAUUAUCCCGGAUGGGUCGGUACUGCAAGCGUGGGCAUCAGUGUCCAAUACAACUGGUCCUCUAACCGAGAGCCAGAAGGAGCUACAGAAGCUCACUACAGAGAACACCGAGCGCAAUACCGCCUAUGGGUGUGUGAUCGAACGGACCGAGGCUUUUGUAGAUCUGCCUCGACCCCCUAGCCCAACGUCGCGAGUCCGAACCAAGGCUCAGAAAGCACGCGAAUUGGAGCGUCAGUCACGGAAUGAGCGUGCCCAACGUCGGAGCGCAGCUAAGGACGGUGAAGGGGACUCGAGUUUGGCAUCCACGGGGGUGGAAGAACGGCGAUUGGCACCCGGUGACGAGUUUGAGUGGACCGAGCCAGCACGCAGGGGCAAGGGUCGACGUGUACGGUGGGCGCAAUGUCUUGUUCAUGACGACGACCUUGAAGUUCGCCCCCGAACUCCGGAACAUUCGGCCGCUGGGGGCGUGGGUAGAAGAUGCCUUGCUCGGACCUAUGAACUUGAUCGACAUGGCAAUACUCUUGAUCCACCUCCAGCCACCGAGCCCUCACGGGUGGUGGUUGUACGCUAUGUAUAUAACGAUGAGCCUAGGUUCAAGGUGUGGAAGCGGGGGCAGAGCUAG